AUGGGCUGCGCUCCCAGUAUCCACGUCUCUCAGAGUGGCGUGAUCUACUGCCGAGACUCAGACGAAUCCAACUCCCCCCACCAGACCACCACCAUCUCUCAGGGCACCGCGGCCACUCUGCACGGGCUCUUCAUCAAGACCGAUGCGGCCGAGACCAUCCCCUCCAUCCCCUCCUCCAUCCCCUCCGUCAUCACCUACCAGAGCCGCCACUCGCGCAACAACUCGUGCCGGGAUCGCAAGGAGAACAGCGGGGGACACAUCCGCAUCGAGGCCGAGACGCAGACAAGCCACACCAGCGUCAAGGUUUCAGCUACAGAAGAAUGCGUCGGACCUAUGAGACUGACUCAAGAGCCAAUUCAGGUCCUGCUGGUGUUCGCCAAGGAGGACAGCCAAAGCGAUGCCUUCUGGUGGGCCUGCGACCGCGCUGGGUUCAGGUGUAACAUCGCACGGACGCCUGAGUCUGCCGUUGAGUGUUUCCUGGAUAAGCACCACGAGAUUAUAGUCAUUGAUGGACGCAACUCGCGCUACUUUGACCCUGAAGCUGUCUGCCGGUUGCUCCGCGCCACAAAGCCGUCGGAAAACACAGUUAUUCUAGCCGUCGUGCCACAAAAACCGGCUGACCAGGAGGAGCCAUCUGUUCUUCCUCUCCUCUGUGCUGGAUUUAGCAGAAGGUUUGUGGAGAACAGCAGUGUGUCAGCCUGCUAUAAUGAGCUCAUACAGAUUGAACAUGGAGAGGUGCGCUGCCAGUUCAAACUCAGGGCGUGUAACUCUGUCUUCACUGCUUUGGAGCACUGUCAAGAGGCUGUGGAGAUCACAAGUGAGGACCACAUCAUACAGUAUGUGAACCCGGCAUUUGAGCGCAUGAUGGGCUACCAUAAAGGGGAGCUGAUCGGGAAAGAGCUGACCGAACUCCCCAAGAGCGACAAGAACAGAGCUGACCUGCUGGACACCAUCAACACCUGUAUCAAAAAAGGAAAGGAAUGGCAGGGUAUUUACUAUGCCAAGAAGUCAGGCGACAGUAUACAACAACAUGUGAAGAUAACACCGGUCAUCGGCCAAGGAGGGAAAAUUCGGCAUUUUGUAGCCAUCAAGAGACCUCACAUAGACAACAAUAAUCAAGUUCACAAGUUCAACAAGGAAGAGAGAUGCAGCGGAGAGCUUUCUCAGUCAGAGUGCCAUUCCCUACGUCACCGGGACAGGAGGAAAGAUUCGAUUGAUGCCAGAUCACUCAGCUCGCGUGGUAGUGACGCUCCCAGUUUACAGAACCGAAGAUAUUCCUCCGUCGCCAGGAUUCAUUCCAUGACUAUCGAGGCUCCCAUCACCAAGGUAAUAAACAUCAUCAACGCAGCCCAGGAGAGCAGUCCGGUUACGGUGGCUGAGGCUCUGGACCGUGUGCUGGAGAUCCUGAGGACCACUGAGCUCUACUCCCCUCAGCUCGCCUCCAAAGAAGACGACCCCCACACCAACGACCUGGUUGGGGGGCUCAUGAGUGAUGGGCUGCGGAGACUCUCUGGGAACGAGUACGUUUUCUCGAAAAACAUCAAUAUGAGCCAGAGCCAGCUGGCCAUCCCAGUCACUCUGAAUGACGUCCCUCCGUCCAUCGCCGAGAUGCUGAAUGAUGAGGAGUGCUGGGAGUUCAACAUCCUGGAGCUGGAGGCGGCUACACACAAGAGACCGCUGACUUACCUCGGGCUGAAGAUCUUCACGAGUUUCGGCGUGUGUGAGUUCCUGAACUGUUCGGAGGCGACGCUGCGCUCCUGGCUCCAGCUGAUCGAGGCUAGCUACCACUCCUCCAACUCCUACCACAACUCCACGCACGCUGCGGACGUGCUGCACGCUACUGCAUACUUCCUGCGCAAAGAGAGAGUCAAGAGCAGUCUGGACCAGCUGGACGAGGUGGCCGCAUUGAUAGCAGCCACGGUGCACGACGUGGAUCACCCGGGUCGGACCAACUCCUUCUUGUGCAACGCCAGCAGUGAACUGGCCAUCCUGUACAACGACACGGCCGUGCUGGAGAGCCACCAUGCAGCCCUCGCCUUCCAGCUCACCGUCCGAGACAGCAAGAGCAACAUCUUCAAGAACAUCGACAGGAAUCAAUUCCGAAACCUGCGGCAGGCCAUCAUCGACAUGGUGCUGGCCACAGAGAUGACCAGACACUUUGAGCACGUCAGCAAAUUCGUCAACAGCAUCAACAAGCCAAUGGCUGCCAUAGAAGAGACCAGCACAAGUAGCAUGAACAGCGACUGCGAGGGUCAGGCUAACAUUAGAAACUCUCCAGAGAACCGUCUGCUGAUAAAGAGGAUGUUGAUCAAGUGUGCAGAUGUGGCAAACCCCUGCAGGCCGCUGGAGCUCUGCAUCGAGUGGGCCGGCCGGAUCUCCGAGGAGUACUUUGCACAGACAGAUGAGGAGAAAAGACAAGGGCUGCCGGUGGUGAUGCCAGUGUUUGACAGAAACACCUGUAGCAUACCCAAAUCUCAAAUCUCCUUCAUAGACUACUUCAUCAAUGACAUGUUUGAUGCCUGGGAUGCCUUCGCCAGCCUGCCUGGUCUCAUGGAGCACCUGUCAGAGAAUUACAAGUACUGGAAGGGCUUGGACGAGAUGAAGUGUAAGAGCCUGCGCCCUCCCCCUCCUUCUUGA